AUGGGAACCGGCCAAGUCAACCCGCAAUGCACGGGAUCCUCCCUAACCGGUUACCACACAAAAAACGCCACACGGUCUCAAACGCGAGACGUACCACAGCACACCAGAUGCGUGACAACGCCAACGCUAGGAGAUCGUUUCGAGGAAAAGACAGUCUCAAUGCAUCAUCACCCGGCGCCGCCGUUGUCAGGCUCCGCAUCCGGAGGUGCCCUCCUCUAG